UUGUAAAUCUCAAAUAUUCAUUAUUUCAGACCAAACCCCACGGGACUCUGAACUGAUAAAUCCCUCCCUCCCUCCCCUCUAAAAACUGACAAAAACAUGGCUUUGGAGCUAUGGGAAACAGUCAAAGAAGCCAUAACAGCAUACACAGGACUAUCACCAGCAACUUUCUUUACAGUUGCAGCUUUAGGGUUAGCUGUCUACUAUGUGGUAUCAGGUUUGUUUGGUGGGUCUGAUCAUCAUCAUCAUGUUCCAAGACAAUCUGAAGAGCAGAUGCAACCUUUACCUCCACCUGUUCAACUUGGCGAAGUCACUGAAGAAGAACUAAAACAGUAUGAUGGUACUGACCCUAAAAAGCCUUUGCUUAUGGCUAUUAAGGGUCAGAUCUAUGAUGUUACUCAAAGCAGGAUGUUCUAUGGACCUGGUGGACCUUAUGCAUUGUUUGCUGGAAAGGAUGCUAGCAGAGCUCUAGCAAAGAUGUCUUUCGAAGAUAAAGAUUUAACUGGUGAUGUCUCUGGUCUUGGUCCAUUUGAAUUGGAGGCCUUGCAGGAUUGGGAAUUCAAGUUCAUGAGUAAAUAUAUUAAGGUUGGAACAAUCAAGAAGACGGUUCCUGUAACUGAUGGAACCUCCACCAGUGAACCUGCUGCAGAGGCUACAGAAAGCGAUGUUGCUAAGCCAGCUGAAGAUGUUCCAUCAGUUGCUGCACCUGUUGAAACUCCUGCUGGUGGUGAAUCCAAGGAAGAGUAAUUGGCGAAACAAUCUUUAAUGAAGAAAGAGCUGUUUGAACACAUGUUUUUAGCGAAUCUAGCCAUUUAUAUUAUGUAUUAUUAGCUUCACAGUUCUCAGUCUAGAAUACUCGUGCUAUAAACUUGCCCAAAUUUUCAGCCUGCUAUUUAAUAAAUUGGUCGUUUAAAGUGUGGAGAUUGUAACUUGUGUUAAUUUGAUUGUGCUAGUUGCCCAGCGAUCGUUGUGGUGGAUUUAUUUUACUUGUGGAUUGCAUCAGCAUUAUUUGAGCUCUGUAAAAGUCGGAUAAAUUGUUAAUAAGCAAUAAAAAUCUUGAUUUUCUGCAUCAUUUGCAA